CUUGCACGUCUGCACUGUGAGGCCGAUGUGCGAACUGGCCAACCACCAUGAGGUGUAUGUUAUACAUUAAAACUUGGAGGACCGGCAAGGGAGAGGAACUAAGCGCCAGAACCAAGCCCAAAGGUUAAGUGUCAAGUGAGAAAUGUUUGUAUAGUGUAUAUAAAGGGGAUAUGGCGGGCUGGAGGCUCUUUGGAGGCUCAACUACGGAAGGUCGGGGCCCAUCCAACAGGCCGGUCACAAAGAGAGGAGACAACUAAACCCAAACCCAACAGUGCCUUUUUCCCCAUUUAGAGAUUGGUAUGUGCAUUAAAUUUGGCCUCUGUUUUAGAAGAUCCACUUGUUUCUUUCUAAAUCCAAAGUGUUGGGGUAUUCCAAUCUUGCCUGGAGUGUUCACACCUUGCCUCUUUUGACAAUUUUGGUUCCUCUCUAUCUCGUCUAUUCUUCAUUAAGAUCAACAUGAACGAAUGAUAUAUAAUGAUGGGAGGUAAAAAGGGAGGUGUGUUUUGUUUCACAACCCUUUUAUAAGCGAGUUACAGGAGAGCAUGCAAGAUAAGAGGUCCAUGUGACUUUCACUACGGUCAUAAACGAGCGAAUCCAUUCUAUCGACCUUCUGCUAUCUGCACCACAAGUGCAAAAGACGGAUGGUGAAAGUGUAUUCCGUAACCUGCGUUGUAUUUCGAAGCGGUUCCUUACGAUGGGGAAACACAAUGCUGGACGCCUUGUUGCCAUUUUGCUUUCCGUGGUGGUCUACGGUGUCAGUUUGGUAUUCAACGGUCUUUCCGUGAUGGGAGUGGACCCCUUCAGUACCACCACAGGCAACGUGUCUGACGUGUUUGUGACUGAGAUCACCCCGUCGGGAUGGACCUUCAGUAUCUGGAGUGUCAUCUACGUGUGGUUGACACUCAUGAUUAUCUAUAUCCUUGCUAAUCUUUGCAGAAAGAAUGCUUAUGGCUAUGUUUACUGCAGUCCGCCAGUCUUGCCGUAUGGAUUCUUCAUUUGCUGGUGUCUCAAUCUAUGCUUCAAUAUCACCUGGCUGCUUGUUUGGGACAGAGCGUGGAUGAUUGCAGCGCUUGUUUUUCUAAUCCUCGUUGCCGGCACGAACUAUGGCAUGAUAUCUUUCGCCUGCCACGGUCUUCACGUUUAUGGAGCCUGGCUGAAGGAAUACCACAAAGUGGACCUGUGGCUCAUUCGCAUAUUGGUUCAAAACGGUGUGAUGAUCUACACAACAUGGACAACGAUCGCCACGCUCAUCAACUUGGCCAUUGUGCUGACCUAUCAAGCAAAUGUUUCGCCUACCAAUGCUGCCACUGUGUCCUAUUGUAUCUUGACAAUCGUGCUGCUGGUUUGGUUUUUCCUGCAGAAUGUAGUCCUGGACAAACACAUGCGCUAUGUCCUCAUUGACUAUCCAGUUGUGAUCUGGGCGCUGACAGGAAACUUUGACAAAAACUACAACGCUGAAUCGCCAAGCCGCAGUGGUAUCUUCAUUGUUGUGCUAUUAGCGGCUGCGUCAUUGCUGUAUGCUCUCCGUCUUGUCCUGGUGAUUUGGCGCCACUGGAAGCAGCCGCUCUAUAAUGGCGUCAACCCUGAGGCCGUGGAGCCAAUGGAGGCUGCCAAGCACCAAAAAUGGGCACUCAGAUGAACACCUCUUCAUGUUCUGUCAUUAAAAAAAAGUGUGUUGGCAUUGUGUUGUUUUGCACACGCUGUAAGCCUCAUGCAUGACUAUUCUAUUAUCCAUUCGUAUCCCUGGUUGAUCUCUCACAGACUGAUCUCUGAACCUUUUAUUGGGCUUGCCUGCUGAUUACAGCUUCAACAGAUCAUACAAGUCUUGAUGUCAUUCAUGUGCACAAAAUAUUCUUCAACAUCACAUAUUUUUGUGCUUGUAUAUUUAUUAGGAAAUAAAGUCUGUCCAUGAUACAAGCUGUUUUUAAAA